AUGUUUGAGAAGAACCUACGUGGUGAUGGUAGUCGUGUUGGUGGUGGUGAUAUCCUGUUCGCAUUUUUUACGCUGAAUCAAAUCACACGUGAUUUACGACAUGACGGUCUCAAAUCAGUCACACUGGAGGAGCUGCACGAACUUGCCGGGGACCUGAAAGAUCAUCCGAUGGCCACAGAGAAUGCCGUUGUUCACGAGUUGAUCAGUGUGUUGAAAGACCCGCGACUACCGUUGUUCGGAUACAAUCCGGAAAAUAUCAGCUUGCUCCUAUUGCCAAUGUUGAAAACAAGGUAUUGUUCCCUUUUGUUUUUGUUUUGA